AUGUUCAGGUUGGCCUUAGUUGACACUUCUGGGAUGGUUGGAUGUGCAGGACUUGCAGGAGGUGAAAUCAUGGUGUCUGAGGGCAGUAUCUAUGAGUGUUAUGCAAACAAAGCAAUAGAUAUUGUGGAGAAGCACUAUCCAGACAAGGAGCAUAUCUUUGUUUACAACAAUGCCAAAACUCACCUGAAGCGAGCAAAUGGUGCCCUAUCUGCAAGGCACAUGCCCAAGUUUGCAUCAAAGCCAGAUAGUAACUGGGGUGUUGAUGUUAAUGUCCGAGAUGAUAAUGGGAAACCAGUGUACAGCCCAAAUGGGAAGCCCUCAAAAACAAAGGUUCACAUGGAGGGAGCAACAUUUGCUGAUGGCACAAAGCAGUCACUUUAUUUUGAGCCUGGACAUCCACAAGCUGGGUUUUUCAAAGGCAUGGCUAUCAUUCUCAGCAAGCAUGGUUUUGUUGCAGUCAAAUUUCCGUGCUCAAUGUCCAGACUUCAAAUUGAAUCAUUACUGGAGAUGACAUGCAAAGCCCGAGGCUUUACUGUAAUAUUCAUUCCCAAAUUCCACUGUGAACUCAACUUUAUUGAGCAAUGUUGGGGCUUUGCAAAGCACAUUUACCAACAAUACCCUGCUUCAUCAAAGGAAGCUGAUCUAGAAUGUAACAUCCUUGCAGCCUUGGAAUCAGUGCCUCUUGACACCAUGCGACGAUUCAUUGAUGCAUACAAGAAGGGCCUCAAUGGGAAGCAGGCAGGAUGGGCUUUAAAGAAAUAUCAUGAACAUUGUGUCCUUCCAGAAUGCAUUCUUAGGGAGUUAUAUACAGAAGAUAUAUAA